CUACUACCCUCUUCUUCUAGUUAAAUAGCUUUUCUGUCUUUCUUCAAAUUAUGACCAAUUUGACGGCGACCAACCAAAAAUACGGACAAGUAUUUCAAUCACUCCCAUGAGGAUUAUUACUCCCGCAAAAAUCAAAUUUACUCUUGUAUUUCAAUGUAUUAAAAUACUUUUAUCAAAGUAUAAUGAAUAAGAGUUGCCGGCAAAGCGAUAAGAAAAAACUUAGGAUAACAUUAGACAACAUGAUUUUGACAGAUACCUCGGAGAAAUGUGAUUAUGCUAUUCAGCGUAUUCGCUGUAACUUAUCUGAUGGUGUGGUUGGAGUUUGAUUGUGGGUGACGGAAUUUGAUUUGUUUCUUUCAAUUUAUUACGUUUAAUGGAGCAAACCCAUUGACAAAAUUAAAUACAUUACACAUGAAUUAAAGGAAUUAUUAACCAAUAAACAUAUUCUUAAAGUUGGAGUUGCUUCGUGCAAAGCAAUAACACAUUAUUGGUAUAAAGUUAGUGGAUGCUGGAUUUAUGGACAUUGGUAGAAUGCAGAAAUUUACCAAGUACAAUAAGUUUAGCUGCAAUAAGUUUAAAAUACUUAAACUAGAAAAUGGAUAAAUAAGUAAAAGUAAGGUAUUGCAAUUAGAAGGCUGAUACUCUGAAUGAUGACUAAAUAGCAUAUACUGUUUGCAAUGCAGUUAUGUCUAUUCUUAUCUAUGACCAGGGUGUGUGAUGUGCAGCAACCCCCUCCAAGGCAAUGCACUCCAAUGCACAAUUUCAAUCAUAAAAAUUUAUGGUUUUAGCUAAUGGAAUAACGUGAUGUAGCAGGUCAUUGAAUUUGUCUCAACACCCAUUAUGAUAUUAUACAUAGAAAAAUGCAAGAGGUCAUUUCAAAAAAUUGUUUUGAUUUUAAACUCUAUUCCACCACUCACCUAUUGAAAUAUCAUUUGCACCACAUAACGGGCACUCCUUAAAUUCAUUAUUCGAACGGUUUGAACAAACAACACGCGGAGCUGCGAAUUUCUCGAGAAAAAACCAUACCUGCCGGAGCCAACAGGUGCCGUACCCGUUACUCGUCCUUAGCGAAUCGUUCAAUUUUGAAGAUAACGACUGAUUUUAACUUCGCACCCUGAUUCGAGGCCCGUAUAUAUAAAUACCUGACUCUCGCAUUGUCGUUAUUUUCACCUUCAGCACGGCUUGUUCAAACCCCGUAACGUAUAAUUAUGUAGUUACUUUCAAGAAAAGUGAAGUUUAAUUGUGCCAAAAAAUUUUCUGAUAAGAAAAGAACGACAUAAAUAAUUAACAUGAAUGAGAAAAAAAAUAGUAGAAGAGAAAAAUCUCAGCAUGUACAAGUAUUUGUCCGUGUUAGGCCAACAAAUGCUGUUGAAAAAAAUAAUAAGUCCAAAACUAUUGUAGAAGUUGCUAAUGAUAGAGAAUUAAUAGUAAAAUAUCCACAUGAUAAAGUUUCUAAGAAAUAUAAAUUUGACAAUGUAUUUGGACCUUCUGCAAGACAGAUCGAUAUAUAUAAUGUUGUUGUUAAUCCAUUAUUGGAACAAGUUUUGGCUGGAUAUAAUUGUACAGUGUUUGCAUAUGGUCAAACUGGUACAGGAAAAACAUUUACUAUGGAAGGAAAUAAUAGUGAUCCAACUUUGCAUUGGCAAAAUGAUUCAUCUGCUGGUAUAAUACCUCGUUCUUUAAGUCAUCUAUUUGAUACAUUACGUGUAUUGGAAAUAAAAGAGUACAGAAUUAGAGUUAGUUUCUUGGAACUCUAUAAUGAGAAUUUAUUUGAUCUAUUAUCAAUUAAUGAUGAUUGUUCUAAAAUAAAAUUAUAUGAAGAUGCAUCAAAAAAAGGUACUAUAACUAUUCAUGGUUUAGAAGAAGUAAGAGUACGUAAUAAAAGUGAAGUUUAUAAAAUUCUGGAAAAGGGAUCAGAGAGGAGAAAAACUGCUGCAACGCUGUUAAACAGUCAAUCUAGUCGUUCUCAUACUGUAUUUUCGAUUACUGUACACAUGAAAGAGAAUACCAUUGACGGAGAAGAAGUUUUAAAAACGGGAAAGUUAAAUUUGGUAGAUUUAGCAGGAAGCGAAAGUAUCGGGAGAUCUGGCGCUAUUGAAAAGAGGGCAAGAGAAGCUGGUAGUAUUAAUCAGUCCUUAUUAACCCUUGGUAGAGUUAUAACAGCUCUUGUUGAAAGAGCACCUCAUGUACCUUAUAGAGAAUCCAAACUCACUAGGUUGCUACAAGAGUCACUGGGUGGUCGAACAAAAACCUCUAUUAUCGCUACAAUAUCUCCUGCUGCUAUUAAUCUCGAAGAAACGCUAUCAACAUUAGAUUAUGCACAUCGAGCGAGAAACAUUACUAAUCGUCCAGAAAUAAAUCAAAAACUUUCAAAAAAAGAAUUCCUUAAACAGUAUAGAGUUGAAAUCGAAAGAUUACGAAAAGAUUUAGAAGCAACGCGUGAGGAGAAUGGAGUUUGUGUCGCUAAUGAGAAUUAUCAAGAAAUGCAGACAAUGAUCGCUCAAUUAAAUAAAGAUAUAAAAGAGAAAAUAAAUCACAUAAAAGCGCUUGAAAAAACUGUGCAAGAUAAGGAGGAAAUAUACAAUGAUCUUGAAGUACAAACUCUUGCUCAAACGCAAGAAUUCUACAAAAUUAAAAAUAAAUUAGAUAAUGUUACGAGUGCCCUUAAAUCUACAGAUGAAGGGUUAAAAAUGACGAUUGAGGAACGAGAUACACAGAAAUUCUUACUAGAAAAAUAUGUUAAUACAGAACAAUCUCUAUUAAAUCAAGCUCAAAAUUUAUUAAAUAUUGCAGAUACAGCAACGUCAGAUUUGUAUAAGUUACAUGAUAAGAUUGAACGUCAAACGCAAACUGAACAAACGUUUAAAGCCCUUAGUGAACAGUUCAGAAACAAUGUUUCUUAUUGUGUACAAGGAAUGGAGAAGGAUGUUAUUGCGUGUGUAAAAAGAUUAAUAAAUUGUUUUACAUCUAUAAAGAAUGAUAUUGAUCUGUAUGCUAACAAUACAUGUGAAAGUGUAAACACAGCAAUACAACAAAUUGCAAUGGAUCUUAUUAAACAACAUUUAUCCAAUAUUGAUAAUUUAAAGAAGAGUAUAAACGAAUUUUAUUCAAAUGACCAAAAGUGCAUAAAAGAUAAAUCAACUGUAAUUCCAGUGAGUACAGUAGAAUGUAAACAUGAAUUAUUAAAUAAAAUUUCUAUAACAUUGGUAAAUGAUAUUCAAAAUAUAAUGAGAAAUGAAAUUGUUAAAAAUUUGCAAAUAAUAAGGAAUAAUGUGACCCAAAAAUUAAAGCGAACUUCAAUUCUUAUGAAAGAAAUGAUAGAUUCUGCAUGUUAUGUUCAACUAGAAGCUUACAAUGAUAUAAAUAAAAACAUUCAAAUUAUUGCAAAUGAUGUAGAAAUGCUCGAUAAAAGGCAACAGUUUACAGAAAAACAAAAAUUAUUCGCAAAGAUGAUGCAAGAUGCAGUUUCUCAAUUCAACCAUUUGUAUAAGAGUCAAGAGGAGCACUAUUCUUCUGUAACUGACAAAUGUAAUUAUGUCAGCAAAAUUUGCAAUGAUAUCACUGAUUAUUCAACAAAAAGUAUCGCGUUGCAAAACGAUCUAAAAGAUCAAAUACAACGUAACUUACAAAAAAUUGAAACAAAUGUCAUUCUUAAAACAGAAGAGAGUGAAGAGUUAGCAGAUAAAACAGCAAAGCAAGGAAAAAUUCUAAUUAACGCAUUAGAAUUAAAUAUAAACGAAAGCUGUAACAUAUUGAAACAAUAUAAAGACCUUACUGAGAAUAGCGUUAAAGAGGUACAACAGAAAUUUGAUGUGGAUAGAAAUAAAGCUCUUUUAUUGGUUAAUAAUGCUCAGGAAAUAAUUACGAAUGUAAGUAAAGAUGCAGGAUUAAUGAAAGGCCAACAAAUUAAAAUAACUGAAAUCUCUAACAAAAUAAUUGGUAAAUUAGAGGAUCAAAGUGCAGAAUCAAGUGCAUGGAGUGAUAGAAUUCCUAAUCAGUUAAAAUCAAUAGUGGGCGAUGUUAAUAAAUUUUUUGAUGAAGAUUUACAACGUGAUGUUCCAACAGGAACAACUCCUGCUAGGAGAGAAUUUUCUUAUCCUCGUCAAUUUAUUGCAACAUCUCCUCAUGAACAAAUUCUUCAAAGAUUCAGACAAGCUAGGAAACCUAUUGAAACGUCGGAAGAUGAUAGUAUCCUGUCUAAACCAUAUUCUACAGUUAAUGAUGAAAUAGUUAUUAAUUCUGAUAACAAGCCAAGUAAAAAAAUACACAAAGCUAUGCAAGUUUAUUUCCAACAAGCUGAGGAAUAUAAGGAAUUUAUACAAAAACAAAUAGCAGAAUAUGAUAUUGGAAAACGACAUCUAGCUAAUAUGAUGGGCGAAGAUCCUGAGAAUUUUUCUGAGGCAGAUAUUAAUAGAUCAAUAAAAUAUUUAUUUCCAUCUGGUUUAUAUGAACCAGAAGCUCGUCCUAUGAUAAUUCAUCCUAGUAAAUUAUAUGCAAGCAGAAAAGAAGCUGAAUUUGAUGAAAGUGGCAGACCACAUCACUUCCUAUAUUAUACUACAAAACCUAACUAUUAUAACAUACUUCAUAAAAUUGCAGAAAAUAUGAUUAAAUUAAAUGAGCUGGAGGAUAAGACCGCACAAAUAAAGAAAUACAGUACCAUAGAGGAUAAAUUUGAUGUUGCAAAAACAGAAUGGCUAAACAAAACUGAAUUAGAGGAGAAAUUAUUGGAAGAACUCUCUGAUGCACAAUAUGAAUACUUUCUAACAAGUAUAGAAAGAGUGCUUCAACAUCCCUUUUCAAAUCAUGCAUCUUCUUUGCUCAACGAAUGUAGAAAACAGAUAACUGCGAUUUCUACUACCAUGAAGCUCCCACUAGUACAAUUUGAUGAGAAUAAUAGACCUUAUAUUUUAUUAAAGAAUUGUGCAAGGAAAUGCGCACGAGGCGACGUUAAAGUGAUAGGUAAUGGAACUGGAAACAUUACUAUUAAUGGAGAAGACAUUUCAUAUUUUACGGAUAUACAGUGUCGUGAGCAGGUUAUAUUUCCAUUAAUAUUUUCGGAUAUGAGCGACAAAGUUGAUGUUGAAGUAACCGUUUCUGGUGGGGGACCAACUGGACAAGCAGGCCUCAUUCGUUGGGGUAUUGCAAAGGCGCUUCGAAAUUUUGUCAGUAAGGAAAUGAUAGAAAAAAUGAGAAUUGCUGGACUUCUAACACACGAUAUGAGGCGCCGCGAAAGGAAGAAGUUUGGCCAGGAAGGAGCUCGAAGAAAGUUCACAUGGAAGAAACGUUAGUUUGGUUUUCCAAUUCUGUGUAUGUCGAAUGUAUCUAAUAGACUUGA